AUGGUGGCGGAUGCGAUAUCUGGUUCAGCUUGGUCUUUACCACACCCUAGAUCUCAUCAGGAAGUGGAUCUUCACUCUUACCUCACUACUAUUACUCUUCCAUUACCUGAUGUUGAUGAUGUUUUUGAAUGGAAAGCUGCUAAUUACCCUUUGAAAGUUUUUAAUUCUCAGGCUACUUGGGAGGUCUUGCGGCCAAGACAAGCAGCUCAACCUUGGCAUGAUAUUGUUUGGUUCAAAGGGGCUGUUCCGAAGCACGCUAUCUCGAUGUGGAUAGCGAACUAUGAUAGACUAGCGACAAGAGCUCGACUGGUAUCUUGGGGUCUAUCGAUACCAGUGUCUUGUCCCUUUUGCGCAAACUUUCCGGAAACAAGGGAUCACCUGUUCCUCUCCUGUCAGUACACCAAUAACGUCUGGGCUCAUGUCUUCACCAGAUGCAACCCUCCUUUGCAGAUGUUUGCUAACUGGGCGGAGCUACUAUCCUGGAUCAGAGCGCCACAAUCAAGGAGGCUUUUUCUGCUCAGGAAACUCGCCUCCCAAGUGGUCGUCUUUCACAUUUGGGAACAGAGAAACAACCUGAUCCAUAACAACACUUCCAUGCCACCUACUAAUGUAUUCAGAGCCAUUGACAGGGAGAUGGAGAACAUUAUCUCCUCUAAGAGGUCAAACAAGCUCUUCAGUUCACUUAUGGUUAUGUGGUUGCGAUAA